UAGCUCUCGCGUUUGUAAAGGAAAAGGGCUUCUGAUACUCAGGCUGAGCGAAUCGCGGGAUUUUGGCGCGUAUUUUUUUGUGGGCUGGGUGUUCUGGCCCGUGAUUGGUCCCGGAUGCGCCCAGUCGCUAGAGCUCCGUCGACUUCUGCACAUAGGCGGCGGCGCAGCAAUCGGCUGGCCUCCCGGGGGAUGGGCCACCAAGAAUCUCCGCUGACCCGAGCAGGGGCGGGAGGUGCUGCUUACAUAAAGAGGUUACGUAAAGGGCUCAGCUGGCGCGAACACGAGGAGGACCGAGGGAACCUGGAAGCACUAGCCUCCCCCGCGAGCGCCGCUGUCACCACCCGAGCAGCGCCAGAAUCUGCAGUACGCCGGCCCGGGACCUGCGCCUUGCGUCCUCCGCCGCCACCGCUGGGCGGACAACCCGGACCCGGAACCGACCGUUCUUGGGCGCGGGCUCCAGGGGGGAACCGAGCCGCCCGGAAGUGGCACAGCGCUGGCCAGAUCUCAAUCCAGGGUACAGCUCCUCAGCAUCCCGGGGCCAGGCGGAGGGAUGAGGCAGGGGGGGCUCUGGCGGUACCGUUGCUGCUCCCCCAGCCGCCUGCAGCCAUGGAAACGGGAAAGGAGGACGGCGCCCGUAGAGGUACACAAAGCCCGGAACGGAAAAGGCGAAGCCCAUUGCUGCGGGUGCCCUGCGCGAAGCUGAGGCCGGUGGCCCAGGCCAUGAAUCCAACGGCGACCGAGGCCCCGGACGAGGCCUUCCUGGCUCGGCGGCGGCCAGAGGGCGGAGGCGGAGGCCCUUCGCGGCCCCGCUACAGCUUGGUGGCCGAGAUCGGGCGCGGCAGCUACGGCGUGGUUUAUGAGGCAGUGGCUGGGCGCAGUGGGGCUAGGGUGGCGGUCAAGAAGAUCCGCUGCGACGCGCCCGAGAACGUGGAGUUGGCCCUGGCUGAAUUCUGGGCCCUGACCAGCCUCAAGCGGCGCCACCAGAAUAUUGUGCAGUUUGAGGAGUGCGUUCUGCAGCGCAACGGGCUAGCCCAGCGUAUGAGUCAUGGCAACAAGAACUCACAGCUGUACCUGCGCCUGGUGGAGACCUCCCUCAAAGGAGAAAGGAUCCUAGGCUAUGCUGAGGAGCCCUGCUAUCUCUGGUUUGUCAUGGAGUACUGUGAAGGUGGAGACCUCAAUCAGUAUGUCCUAUCCCGGAGACCAGACCCAGCCACCAACAAAAGCUUCAUGCUACAGCUUACAAGCGCCAUUGCCUUCCUGCACAAAAACCACAUCGUGCACAGGGACCUAAAGCCAGACAACAUCCUCAUCACAGAGCGGUCUGGCACCCCCAUCCUCAAAGUGGCAGACUUUGGACUGAGUAAGGUCUGUGCUGGGCUGGCACCUCGAGGCAAAGAGGGCAAUCAAGAUAGCAAAAAUGUGAAUGUGAAUAAAUACUGGCUGUCCUCAGCUUGUGGCUCAGACUUCUACAUGGCUCCUGAAGUCUGGGAGGGACACUAUACAGCCAAGGCGGACAUCUUUGCCCUGGGCAUUAUCAUCUGGGCAAUGAUAGAAAGAAUCACUUUUAUUGACUCUGAGACCAAGAAGGAGCUCCUGGGGACCUACAUUAAACAAGGGACUGAGAUCGUCCCUGUUGGUGAGGCGCUGCUAGAAAACCCAAAGAUGGAGUUGCACAUCCCCCAGAAACGUAGGACUUCCAUGUCUGAGGGGAUCAAGCAGCUCUUGAAAGAUAUGUUAGCUGCUAACCCACAGGACCGGCCAGAUGCCUUUGAACUUGAAACCAGAAUGGACCAGGUCACAUGUGCUGCUUAGACUUCAGGGCUGAACGUCUUGGUGUUUUAAAACUAGGUCGAUUCUUCAGGACCCACAGUCUCAUCGUGUCUCAAACAGGACAGCAGAGGGUACAGGUGGUGGCCUGGCUGGUGGCGAUCUCCUGACAGCUGGACCUCCCACAAUGUGAAGCUUUGGCUUGAGUUUCCCGGCUUUUAGUUGUGCUCCCCCUUUCUGUCUUUCCUUUUUUAUUUUUAUGUAAACCAUCGAGACUUCUGAAGAACAGAAGGCUGUGCUGUGGACAGAUACCAUGUCUUUAAGAAUAUUGAAUAUGGACAAAGCUAUGUAUAGACUUCACUGUUAAUUUCUUGAGUUAGGAAGCAAUUUUGAUUUUAUAUUUCAUCUUUCCUAUUUUCUUUCUUACACAUCUCAGUUUUGCUGUAGCAUCUCACUUCCCAGAGAAGUUCUGUCUCCCCAGAGAGUUUGGUGUUUCUCCUGAAAUGCGAUAAGAAGACAUAAGGAGGCAGCUUCCAAGCCACCUCUCUACCAGACGUGGGAACUGUUGGACUCAUUGGUGGGCUGGUCCUGGCCAGAACUCAGGCCUCAGGAUCAAAGAUGAAGAACCACCUGGAAGAGGAAGACCAGGGUUUGGCCAGAAGGAUUCCAGAAAGGAGGCCUAAAUCAUGAGUGUGGUUCUCUUUAAGCUCUCAGGAGCCCCAGGCCAUGCCAGUACUGGUACUUGCUUCCCUCUUCAGCUCUUUCCAUCUGGGGCCCCAAGGAAGGAGACAGUGAUCAUUCCUAUCACUCGGGGAUGAGGAGCCACCCGCUGCACUUUCAUGAGCCUACCUUCUGUUAGGAUUGUUGUGCCAAACCUCUGCCUAGACAUACUGGGUCUUCCUUGGCUACUGUCACUGCUAUAAGGCCAACACCCUUCACCCCUCUACCUCCUGGAUCAUCUUCCCAGGUGUGUUGCAAAUGUCCAGCCUGUCACAGAGACUCCCCAGACCCUAAGAUCCAGUUGUAACCGUUGCAGAGUGCCCUCAGCUGCCUGCUGUCAUCAUCUCCUCCCAGUGAAAGGUGUGCCCUGUGAGCUUGGUGACACACAUUGUCAAGCACCAUCUCCCUUACCCCAAGGAACUUCAAGUUAGGUGCCCCAUUUCUAUGUAAAUCUUGUCUGAUGGGAAGAGAAAGGACCUCUUCUGAAUGGGGAAGUGUGAGGCAACCCAGGAUACCCCAUGUGGUUAUUAGGGGCUCAUAUGGAGGCUAGCUACUUGAAAGCAUCUCCAGGCUAGGUCCCUGAGACCCUGCUGCCUCUGCCUCGCCUCUUGGCAGUGCUCUUGCAACCUCCUGUGGGAAGGCACCCUCCCACAAGCUCUGCUCAGACCCCACCACUCACUGUUCUGUUGCCCUCUAUCUCUGUGUACCUUUGUUUGGUUCUGAAACUUUGUAGGCUUUUCACUGUGUUCUGCCACAUGGGAUGGGAGUCUCUGGACAAGGAAAGGUAUUUGUGUUCAUUCUUGUUUUUCAUUCUUAGAUGAGUGUAGAUGAAUGGGGAGAUAGUUGGAAGGCAUUUUGUUAAUGUAGCCAAAGUCCCUCCCCUCCCCCCAGGCAGUAGUCCCUUGGCCCUAGAGUGUGGGAAAGGCCAGUACAACAUUGAGCCCUGCUGGACUUUGUCCACUUCCAUUCUUCUAGCCUUCUCUUAGGCCCCUUAGCACCAAAGUUUCUCUUCUUGGCCAGAGGGCAGCUGCUGUUCCUAUAGGCACAAGAGUGCAGGUGGUAAAUCAGACCCUUACCAUUACUGAAACUUGAUGUGCUAGCAUCAGUUGUCUCUUUGUCUCUGACAUUAGCUUUCUGAGACUGUUCUGAGUGGUGGCUGGGAGGGUAGAGACAGUACAUACCCUAAUUGCAAACCAUGGUCCAUCUCUACCAUAUCAUCCUGCUUAACUGGGGGUUGCUGUCUCAAAGGACAUGAGCAAAUGGGAAAAACAGUCUCUGAGCUUGGUACCCCAACUUCCCUUGGCUGUAGUCCCUGAUGUAGACCUAGCAAGUCACUUACUCUACCUGUCAUUUUUCUCUGGCUCUUCCCUAUCUCUUAACUCUAAGUAAGACUUGGGUUUUAGUACUUCCCCUUGUUACUGGUGUCAGUAUUCCCUGUAGGUUACAGGUACCACCUAUAGGUGGGUGGCCUUGCGAGGGGCAGCCUGCUUUACUUUAUCUGUACUUUAUCUUCCAUGACUCCCAGCCACUUUUGGCUGGGUGAUAGCACCUCUUUCCCUGGCUCAAAUGAGGGCCAGGUUUUGAGCCCCAAGUGCCUGUUCCUGCUUUUUCCUCCUUCCCCUCUGCUGUCUGUGCUGUCACCUACCAGCCAGAUGGAAAAAUUGGCCCUGUGUACAUGCUGGCUCUGGUGACCCCUGUAUUCUCAGAGCCCAGCUCAGUGUCUGUCUUAGAUUAGUUUACUCUCUCUAACUUUCUUCCUUCUGCCUCUUUGUGGGUCUCAGGUCUGCCAGUAGCUCUGUGGGGCAUCAUCUCAGGCACCUCCCGGUUUGUUAGACCUGUCCAUGGUCUAGAUGUUUUCAGAUCUUAUAACAACAGUUGGUCAUUCUCUUGGGUGUGAAGAUUGCCUGUUGGGUGACCAUCCUGGCCUUAGUCCUCUGUGAUCACAGCUCAGCUCCUGCCUGGUCAGUGAGAGGAGCCAGCAGGACAGAUCAUAGUGCCUUAUUCCCUUGUCCUUCCCUGGCCAGACUCCGCUGAAAGCAUGUGGCUGUCGUCUUUAUCCAUUUUUCACUUGUAUUAAGUCUCCCACCUGCAGAUCGCCAUAGGGGAAGGAAGACUCAGACCAUAACCCCCUCCUGUGGACUGUAACUGGCCACACAUACCUCCCACCUGCCUCUGUGGUCCUCACAACGUCCUUAGACCAGGACAGAACACUGCUGCUGCCCACACAUCUACACUGCCUUGGUCCCUCCCUAUUCUUACCUCUAGCUAGGAAGACACUGACUGCUCCAUUUAGACUGGCUCCAUUUAACCCUGUUCUGGUCACAGGAGAAUAGGGUUCAGGUGGUAGCCUCAUCUUGCUCUGGGGGCAUUAGGGAAGGGAGUGAGGAAUCUGUUCCCACCCUGUAGAAUUUGCCCCUUGGCUGCCUAUCUGAGGGAGUGUUUUAAAUGUUUACUCAAGAAAUACCCUGUUUACAGCUGGAGGAGAAAUGUGCCCAUACUGGGUAGAGAUCUGACUGGACAGGGCCUGGCCUCCUCUGUGGCACUGCCAGUGGCCCUAGCACUAAGGUAGGGAAGCCUGGAGUGAGCAGAGGCUCUUUACUUACUCUGCUCCCUGACCCUGUGGUGCUAAGACCACUCCCCACCUUCCUCACAGCCGCCUUCACCCAACAUUCCCCACCUCCAUUAUUCCUUUCCUCCAAGAUUCUUAGCUCCUUGACCUAUCACUUGUCUCCCACCCUAGAAUACCAGUGUUUGCAGCAAUAAGAUUAUUGUUUUUGCUUGUGUCUUUUUUCCAAGACUAGGAAAAGCGUUAGUAUUUUGGGAAUCUUUAUGCUAUUGGCUGUUUACCAUUUUAGAAGAAACAUAAAAGGAUGGAUGAUGUUUGCGUUAACUUUGGGGUAUCUUGGAAAUUUGGGAAGAGUAAGAGUCCAGCUGCUAUCCUCUAAGGAAGGGAACUUAACUGCCCUUCCUUUGGUCUGUACCACCCCUCCCACACUGCCACCAAGAGCUCUUCCCUCCUUCGGUUUUGUUCCCUUGCCCUUCCUCCCACAUCUGGGGACACUAGUGACUAGGUGGAUGUUUUGUUAGCCUUCCCCUUGACUAGGUUCUCACUCCCUGGCUAGCAGCCCCGGACAGAUAGCUGCUGGGAGUCUCUGAGGACUGGCUACCUCAGAAUUGACUAAGUUGGGAUUAUUCAGCUCUCCAGGCCAGCAGACUUGGGGGUGGGGGGAGGGGCAGGAGACUGAGGUACUGCCUCUGUCAUACAGCCUUCAGGUCCCUUUGAGAGCAGGAAGCCUUGUCUGGAAAUGUGUUCUGGAAGGUGAACAUGUAGGUGCAACGUAGCAUUGGCUGGCACCAGCAUCUAUGACCAUCACUGAGGGAUGCAUCCACUGCCAUUGGUUGCCUGGGGCCUCUAGGAUUGCAGAGUGUACCAGAAGACGCCUGCCACUUUUUCCCAGGCAAGAUCAUAGGAAGGAAGAAGGGAACUGGGGGAGGGGGGGGAGCAUUUUAAAAUUAUGCCCCAGGGGCUGCUUGCCCUCAAAACUGGAGGGUUCAGUUAUUUAAUGCUCAGUGUGGGUCAUACUUGGUUGUGGGGGAGGUUUUAAGUCGGGCACAAAGGUAGUUUCAAAUACUAGUUGAUCUAUUUUUCCUUACUUCUUUUUUGCACAGAAGCUGGUAAUAUAGGACCUACGUGUGAACAACUUUAUAUGAACAUUUUUUGUACUUGGUUUACUUGGGUUGGUAUGAUACAUUAUAUUUAAGUUCUUUGAACACUGUGGAUCCCCCUAAUGUGUAUGAAUGACUGGAGCUUUGUAAAUUAAGGGACGUUUGUGUGAAUAAAGUUAUUUGAUGGGGUCAAAGAAGCCAUA